AUGAAUCCUACCAAUAGUCAUUUCAUUGAUGAGAGAAGUCAAUCAUUUACUUCACUCAAUAUCAAAGAUGAUCUUCCAUUAAGUGAUGAUAGUAGUGAUGUUAUGGAAAGAGUUGAUAAUCUGAUCGAACAGUUACCAAAAAAUCCAUCAAUUCUCGCGAAAAAGAAUCGAAUGUCUACUGUAAAUGGUUUGAACUAUGAUCAAUCAUAUACAAAUGUAGUAAAAUUUGACACAAAUGUGAAACAACAAGCUGAAAUUGAUGCAAAAUGCAAUCCUAAUAUCCAAAGUGAAUUAGGCUUUUGUGGUUGGAUUCUAACGAUAUUAUCUUAUAUAUUGAUCUUUUUCACAUUACCAAUUUCAGUAUGUAUGUGCGUCAAAGUUGUACAAGAAUAUGAAAGGGUCGUGGUAUUUCGAUUAGGUCGUUUAAUGCCUGGUGGCGCAAAAGGCCCUGGUAUAUUUUUUGUUGUGCCAUGCAUAGAUACAUAUCGUAAAGUUGAUUUACGUGUGAUCUCAUUCGAAGUGCCUCCUCAAGAGAUUCUUUCUAAAGAUUCGGUAACUGUAGCUGUAGAUGCAGUUGUUUAUUUUCGAAUAUCAAAUGCUACUGUAUCAGUUACUAAUGUUGAAGAUGCUGCGAGAUCAACAAAACUACUCGCACAAACAACAUUAAGGAAUAUUCUUGGAACAAAAACUUUAACUGAAAUGCUCUCUGAUCGAGAAGCUAUUUCAUUGCAAAUGCAAAUAACACUUGAUGAAGCUACAGAACCAUGGGGAGUAAAAGUAGAAAGAGUAGAAGUAAAAGAUGUUCGACUUCCAAUUCAACUUCAACGUGCUAUGGCUGCAGAAGCUGAAGCUGCACGUGAAGCUCGAGCUAAGGUAAUUGUUGCGGAAGGUGAACAGAAAGCAUCACGUGCUCUUAAAGAAGCCGCUGAAGUAAUUGCUGAAUCGCCAUCUGCGCUACAGCUACGAUAUUUGCAAACUUUAAACUCAAUAAGCGCGGAGAAAAAUUCGACAAUAAUCUUUCCACUUCCCAUUGAUUUAUUGUCAUCAUUUUUUCAUCGUGCUGCUCCUAAGGUAAUGACUAAAACGCACUCAAGCUGA